AUGCCUCCUCUCUACAUUUUGGCCAAUCAGAUAACACCCAUGAAAACCACUUGUGCGUUGAAGGUAAGAUGUAUUCGUACAUAUGGAGUUAGAGAAUGUAGCGGCAGUGAGGUUGUCAAAUGUCGAGAAUGCGUGUUCCAUGAUCGGGAGGGUAAUGUCUUACAUGCUAAUAUACCACGUGAGCAUGUUGCUAAAUUCCAGAAUAGAUUCGUUGAAGAUGUGAUUGGAAGGAUAAUUGAAAUAUAUUCUCCUAUAGAAAAGGUCAUUGGUGGAAGGCCUUCCCGGUUGAUAGACUUUCUUAUGGAGGAUGAAAGUGGUGAGGAAAUGAAAUGCACUGUCUGGGACGACCAUGUUGAUAAGGUCGAUUCUUGGGUAAAAGCCUGCUUCAACACUGGGGAAACUAAAAUUUCAUCUUCAUAUGAUGCGACUCAAUUAUUUAUAAAUGAAGACAUUCCUGAAAUAAUUGAUUUUAGGGAAAGCAUGUGUGGUGAGAAUACUCCUAUGCGGAGUAUUUGUUCUAAUGCAAGUCUAUCUGCUGUCAAUACUUUUGACACAUUCAACCGUGAGUCUAUGAUUAUGAGUACAAUAAGUGAUGUGUAUGAGAAAAGACAAUUUGGAGAUUAUUGGGUUGUCGCGAAGAUUGUUGGAAUAGAAAGUGGUUUGGACUGGUGUUAUAACUCAUGCAAGACACGGGGAUGUAACAAGAAACUUUCCUUGAAUACGAAAGGAUUCUAUGACUGUUACAAGUGUAAAAGAACAUGGGGAGAAGGUAUUUUGAGGUACAGAAUUAAAGUGAGAGUUGUUGACAGGGAUGGUAAUGCAUCAUUCCUUUUAUGUGACAGUGAGUGUAAGGAAUUGAUAGGCAUGUCGGCUAUAGAACUGAGAGGAAAAUAUCCACAGGAUAAACAACUAUUCCCAAAUGAGAUUUCAUCGUUGUGUUCUAUGACACUGAUUUUUAAGAUUUCCGUGAGAAAAGAACAGUUUCAGCUUCCUAAUGCCUUCGCUGUUAUGGAGAUUAUUAACGAUUAUUCAUUGGUUGGUUCCUACUGUCCUAAAUUAUUGGAAAACUUUGACAGUGAUCCAACUUCUAAGCUGGAGUCCAAUGACUGUUUUGAAUCAGAUGAGGAGUUUCUUUCAGAAGGUGAGGGUGAAAUCCAGUGGCCUUAA